UAGAACUAAAGUUUGGUGCAACGACGCACGGCGGUUCGAAUUUCGUGACGUGAGCCCUACAUGCCGACCAGCUCCUGGUUCGUCUCUGCUGGAUGGGCUGGACCAAUAAUCGAUUGCCGGUUUUCAGAGUACAGUUUCAUUGCCGUCAAUGUGGAAGAAGGUUGCUCGGUCUUCACCUGUAUGCCGCCUCCCUCCGUCAUCAUACAUAUUAUGAAGUUAUAUUCGCGAGCUCUUAACCCAGGAUGGGCUCUUGCUAGGCUAUCUCUGGUGAUUGACGAGAGAGUAGGGGAGAGAGAGAGACACACACACACACACACGGAGGGAUGGAGAUGGUGAACUAGGUUUUAAUUGUCGAGACUGUUUAUUCGCGCUCCUUGACUGAGAAUCAGUGGCGAUGUGGCUACUCUGGAUCGUUGGAGUUAUUUUUGGUCCUGGUUCGUCUUUCUUGAGGAUGUUUCCCUGCGCUUAAAUUCUGUAGUGGGCUAGACGUCUCAACCCGUUACUUGGCUAGGAUCCUUUCUUGGAGUCGCUAGCGGGUGUAACAUGAAGGGGUGUUAAAAAAUACGGAAACUAUUCCAUUGAUAGAUAAAUUUGCUCUCGCUUUGACAAACUCAUCAACACUGGAUAUAGGUCCUCUUGCGUGUUAGCUGCUCCCAUGAAGUUGGAGACAAUGCCUUUCUCGACGAGGGAUGUUCGUUAAUUCACAGGUACGAGAUUGAGUAUUCGAGCAACGAUUCGGAACCAGUAGAGAGGUCUGUUUACAACGUUGUAAUUAGUAAUCCUAGGGCGAGAACUUGGUGUGAAAGAGUAAGUUACCGAAUAAAGGUUUAUUGGGGAUCCUGCACCUCUGUCAGAGAUGGUAGUUUGGACGUGGACUUGAGUUCGGGAGAGCAGGCAAUACGGUGAGUAUGGCUUUGGUAUGUCCUAAUCCAAGAGAGAGACUGGGGCUCGUGACUAAGGAACCCACCGGAGUAGGAUCCCGCACGCAUUAUAAUGUAGGUUUCCCUGGUUAUAGAGAUCAAUUACGCAUGACGGACAACUUGCGAGAUCCUUUUCACAGCGGCCCCGAAACAGGUGGUCGUGACCCUCAAGAUGCUGAGAGAAGAGGUGAGUUACAGGAACAUAGAGUUCAUUUGCCAGACUUGGACUUCGGGGUGGGGGCAAAGUGGAACUGUACUGGGCAAAUAUCUUCCUGGUCGAGUUACGAUUCUACUUCCCAGUCGUUCCCAUCUACUUCUGCUGCUGGUUGGGUUGUCUCGCCCUUGGGCAGCAACAACUCACCGUUUCCCUCUGACGGUUCAUUCUCGGAUCAUCUCAGUUCAGGAUUGUCAAAUACUAGCUUCCCUGGUGCUCUCCCUGCGAGUCUUCAAGUGCAAUCUGGCGGUAGCGCCGGUGGUUUCUUCUCCGGUAGCACCCAAACAGCGAGCUGCAACGGAAAUCAGCUGUACCAGAACCCACCAUCACUCAUGAAUGCGGCCCCAAGAGAUAGCUGGGGGAAGAUCGAAGAUGCCCCAAGUCCUCACCACCAGUUGUCUUGUCAGUAUGACAUGGAGCAGCACGGGAACUACGGUUACGGUGUCCAACCUGCAAGAGAGGCCGUGAAGGACCACUUUUCAGGAAUGGACGAAGAUUCUGUGGCUGCUUGGGUUGAUGGGAUGAUCAUGGAGAUGAUGGAAGCCAUGCCUGGAGUACCGAUCGAGCAAAUAUUAACAAAUCUGUCCGAGGUUCUGGCUCCAUCAAAUUCCCAAUUGGAAAGAAUUAUUGGAUCUCGAGUUCAGUCGCUUUAUGGAGGCGCGGGGCUGCGAGUUCAAACUUUCUUGCAUACGGGUCCAUCCAGAUUCGGCAAGAGGACACGUGAAGGUCAAAUCGGGUGGAGAAAUGCAAAGUCGUCCCAGAAUGAGGCCCGGGCAUAUCAGGAUACGCCCUCCCAUCACCACGUCAGACCAGAUAAUUUCAUGGAGCAGAACGCAGUUGCCUCGCUUGCAAGAGACGAACUUCAUUAUCCAAGACCUCAAAAACGGACCAUCGACAAUCUGCAGCUUUCUCUAGAGCCCGCAGAUGAACGCAGUCUCCGUCAUUUGCACACCGCCCAGCAGCCAAUGCCAGAGGAUCAAUAUAGCCACCAGGUUCUGCGAUCAAGAGAUCAGACGACCAAACCAGUUCAGCACCAGCAUUACUUUCAACCACACCUGCAACACCAGCAACAAAAGUCUGGAGAAAUUCAAAACGAUUUUUCACCGCCUUCUAACGCCGCUCAGUACCCAAUACUGAACACUAGGGGUUUUAAUGAUGCCGUAUCCCUGCCGCAAAAUGUGCCGCAAAGCACACCUCGGAACGCACAACCAGAACCUCCUAAUGCAACUGACGAAGAAGGGCUGCAGCUCUUGGCACUGUUGCUGCAAUGCGCUGAGGCCGUUUCCUCCGACGAUUUCGACCAGGCCAACUCGAUUCUUCCACAGUUAAGUGAACUAGCAACCCCUUACGGUACGUCGGUGCAAAGAGUGGUUGCGUAUUUCGCUGAAGGCAUGGCGUCUCGUUUGGUGACCUACUGCUUAGGUAUAUGCCCUCCUCUUUCAAGCAAGCAGCUCGUCAGCAACCAAAGCUUUCUUUCGGCAAUGCAGGUAUUCAAUGAAAUAUGCCCCUUCGUAAAAUUUUCUCACUUCACUGCCAAUCAGGCCAUCUUCGAUGCCUUCGAGGGCAUGUUCAACGUGCAUGUCAUCGAUAUCGACAUAAUGCACGGGUUGCAGUGGCCGCCGCUUUUUCAACUCUUGGCAUCUAGACCUGGAGGACCUCCGCAUGUGCACAUCACGGGAUUAGGAACUUCAAUCGAGACUCUUGAAGCGACUGAUGCUGUUGCAGUCCACUGGAUGCACCACUCGCUCUACGACGUAACUGGAUCCGAUCUCAACACACUGAAUUUGAUCGAGAAGCUGAACCCCAAGGUCAUCACUCUCGUCGAGCAAGACCUUCGACAUGGUGGAACAUUCCUGAGCCGGUUCGUUGAAGCUCUUCACUACUAUUCUGCUUUGUUCGAUUCCCUGGGUGCCAGUUACAAGGCCGACAGCCCCGAGCGCCACAUGGUUGAGCAGCAACUCCUGUCGUGCGAGAUCAAAAACAUUUUAGCCUUUGGUGGUCCAGCGCGCACGGGCGAGGCUAAGUUCGACCAGUGGCGUGACGAGUUAGGCAAACGAUUUAAACCCGUUUCCUUGAGUGGCAAGGCAGCCCACCAGGCGGCAUUGCUACUUCAGGGCCUGUUUCCCUGCGAAGGGUAUACACUCCUGGAGCACCGAGGUACUCUGAAGCUCGGAUGGAAGGAUCUUUACUUGUUCACUGCUUCUGCUUGGACAAACGAAUAGUUCUUGUAAGAUAUUAAACCUACCUGCUGGUAGUGCCGGCGCUGUGGAAUAGUAGAUCUAGACAUCUUAUGGACGUCGGGCUUAGUUAAAAUUCGAUGCUACGGAUAGUGGCAGUCUCAUUUUAAUCAUGUACAUUCUCUACAACAUUGAACCUAGCAGGAGACUUCAACGAACAGACCCAUGCAUGGCUUAUACACCAAUUUUUUGCAUAUAUUUUGACCUACUAAGAUAUUCAUUUGGAUAAAAA